AUGGAAAGCUGUUGGCAUGUUCUAACGGAGUUAACGUGCGAGAGGCUUGAAAGGCUUGAAGCGCCUGAAGCGGGGCAUUUCUGGCGUACUAAAGGUGGAGAUUUAUUUCUCCUUAAGUUAUUUCUCCGAAGGAAGAAUUCGGUUUUGGCUGGACAAGUACUUUCAUGGAUAGUAAUCGAGAUAGCAUCGACCCAAUUUGAUCAACAGGUAUCUCGGCAUUAUGGGUUCAGCUUUUAUCUCGUAAUGGCAAACCAUCAAAAUUUGAAAUUGGACUGGAGUUGCGAACUCAUCGAUAGCCUUGUGCCCAUAUCACCAUCUGCCAAAAUGGCUAUUCCAGUAGUCAAUGAAGUCAGCUAA